CACCUAAAUCACUUUCAGUGAGUUGGUUCUGUCUCAUUUUUCAUUACUACAACUCCACUAUACACUCCAUAUCAAACCCAAAAGAAAAAAAAAACUUAAAACAUUCCUAUUUUUUUUCUAUGCAAUUAAACAUUGCUAUUAAAUAUAUGAAUAUCAUUGAGGAAACUUUUAGCUUUCUUUUUCCAGGAAUUGCACUGUCCAUAUCCUUUUCCUGUUCAUCUUUCUUGCACUGAGCCUUCUUGAUUACAUACAUACACGUGUACCCUUUCUCUUUCAUUUUGUAUGAUCAUUUCAGUGCUUAAAUCUUCUAAAGUUUUGAGCUUUCUUUAAUGGGUGCUCUUGUUUUGCUUCAUUUAGUAUCUUCUUGAAUUUAAUGGUGUGGAUUACUUUUUUGUGGGUUUAGUUGGGGAAAAAGUAAGAAAGAUCAGUUCUUUUUUGUUUUUUAGUUGUAUUCAUAAGUUGGUUAAUUUGCAUUUAAUAUCUUGAAGUUUGACUCUAUAGUAUUGCAAUGCAGUCUUGGAAUGAAAAAAACUUAUCCUGCAGUUUUGGUAACAAUGAUAUGGCUGUUGAGAAUCAGUACUUUGGAGAUUUGAAUUAUCAAGAAUUAAUGGUGAAGCAAUUGCCUGAUAAUUCAGCAAGAAUUAAUGCAUUAAGUAGUGGAAUUGAUGGUGGAAAAAUUAUGAAUCCAUUUAUGGUUAACAACAUGAAUGGUUUUUCUUUAGAAGAUGAGUCCACAUCAAAACUUUCUAGCUCAAUUGUGGAGUCAAAUAGUAGGGAUUCUUCACUUAUUGAUUUGAAACUUGGAAGAUUUGCUGAUCCUAUUACAGAGGUUCAGAAUUCAAGAAUUAAUUGUAUGUCUUCAUGUGAAUCAUGCACUCCUCCUAAGAGAGUGAGAAUUGGAGUGAAAUCUCAGAGUUCAGCUUAUUGCCAAGUUUAUGGAUGUAAUAAAGAUUUGAGUGACUCAAAAGAAUAUCAUAAGAGACAUAAAGUUUGUGAAGCUCACUCCAAGACUUCUAAAGUUAUAGUCAAUGGAAAUGAGCAGAGGUUUUGCCAGCAAUGCAGCAGGUUUCAUUUGCUGGCUGAAUUUGAUGAUGGUAAGCGCAGCUGUCGUAAACGCCUUGCAGGACACAAUGAACGUCGGAGAAAGCCGCAAGUUGGUAUGCAUUCUGGAAGGACUGGAAGGCUACUUCAGCCAUACAAUGGCUAUGCAACCAACAGAUUUCAAGGGACUGCUUUAACAUCUUUUAUCUGUCAAGACAUACUUCCUGCUGAACCGUUACAUCCUGAGAAAUAUGGAACCAGUAAUUGGUGCAGGACGAUAAAAGCCGAAGAUGGGUCGAAUUUUACUCCACUAUCGUCUAUUCCAUUGACAAGUGGGCAUCCACAUUCAAAAUCCCUUUUCUCUUCAAACAACUUGGAUAAAGUUUUUCUUACAUUUCAAGGCAUUGAAGGUACUAAUGCAACAGCGAGCACCUUUAGCGAGAGCAAUAUCCGGUAUCAACAUGAUCUAGGAGGCUCUAAUUCCGGUUCACGUUCAUUGAUCCAGGACGCCUCAUUAGGAAAUGAAGACUUUGCUGCUUUUGAUGCAGCAUCAAAUAUUCAAGAACUAUCAGGGAUCACAAAUGCUGGUUGUGCUCUCUCUCUUCUGUCAUCUCAAUCAAAUAACUUCCCAAACCAUUCAUCGGGAGGUUCCGUGGCUUGCUCAUCAGUUAUUCCUGGAAGAAAUACUCAUUACAGUGUGAGCCAAGUCUCUGAAAAGCUGGUUCGAGUCGGUUCACAGGCUUCUGCUGGCAGGGUUCCUAACAAAUUUGGUUCACCAGGAACUAGUUCGGCAGAAGGAAGCCGGUUGGGUUCAAUACUGUUAUCCGAUGAUGCCAUCAAUUUCGAUAUCACUGAUGGGAUAUAUCAAGGAUCAAAUUUUUUGAAUUCCAAAGAUAGCAUGUCUGAUGAAGAUGGUACUACCAUUGACUUGCUGCAACUGUCAUCACAGCUUGAGCGAGUGGAACAACAGAGGCAAUCCAUGCAUGUGAAGCAGGAAAAUGAUGUUUUCUGCUGGCCUCACAUCACUUAAAAUUCUCAAUGAACAAGGGAGCAGGUCGAAGCUUCGAAAAGUUAUAUGCAGCUUCAGAAAGUUAUAUGCAAGAUCUUCUAAUGCAGCAUGCAUGGAAAAAAAAGUUGGAAUGCAAAAUAUAAGCGUCUAAUCUGUCCCUUCUCAUCCGGUGAUACUAUCAGAAGAUCAAAAGAGAUAAUUCAUUUUCUAAGAACAAAUAUUCAAUGUGCAAUUCGCACUUGCGCAAUCGGUGAUUCCUAAUUCCGCUCCUCUAAACGAAAAAUCCAUCAGCAAAAACAACUCCUAUUGCUGCUUGACAUUAUUUAAUAUGAUGAUGCAGUUUAUGAAUUGUAGAUUAAAUGAAUUUAAUCUUCAUUUACAAGCAAAAGCAUGCUUGAAUUAUAAUAAAAGCAUAAUUUCCUUUUAA